AAAGACACUGUAGUCUUUUUUAAAGGUAAAGACUUCUACCACUUUGAUAUAAACACCAAGAAGGUUGAUGAAAAGGAGUUCAAAGGCAUUCCUAAGUGCACAGCAGCUUUCCGUUAUAUGGAGCACUAUUAUUGCUUACAUGGACAUCAGUUUUCCAAGUUUGACCCCAACACUGGAGAAGUUAAUGGUAAAUACCCAAAGGAGACCCGUGAUUACUUCAUGAGAUGCUCUCAUUUUGGAAAUAAGAGCGUUGAAGACCACAUUGAGAGAGAACAGUGUAGCCAUGUGCACUUGGAUGCAAUAACAUCUGAUGACGAUGGUAAUAUAUACGCUUUCAGAGGGCAUCACUUCCUCAGAAAAACCGGUGAUAAAUUUCAUUCAUACACAAUUGAGAGUGCUUUUAAAGAAGUGCACAGUGAAGUGGAUGCAGUCUUUUCUUAUGAAGGCCAUUUCUACAUAAUCAAGGAUGAUCAGGUGUUUGUGUACAAAGUUGGAGAGCCACACACACACCUGGAAGGCUACCCCAAACCCCUGAAGGAGGUGCUGGGAAUUGAGGGUCCGGUAGAUGCUGCUUUUGUGUGUUCUGGUCAUCACAUUGUUCAUGUUAUCAAAGGUCAAACAAUCUAUGAUGUGGAUUUGAAAGCCACCCCACCUGCCCCUGUGAAGGAAGGAACCAUAACAACUUUCAAAAAGAUUGAUACUGCAAUGUGUGGACCCAAGGGUGUGACUGUUGUCAUUGGUAACCAUUACUACAAUUAUCAAACUGUCUUGAUAAUGCUUAUGGGCAGGAUGCUGCCUGAACAGCAGAAGGUGUCUCAGCACCUGUUCGGCUGUGACCACUAG